AUGUCCCCGACCCCAGGCGACCCAAGGUUCCCAGAAAGACCCCUUCUGUCCGCCAUACAACCUCCAAGGCACCUUGACGGCCCUCCGCCUCUCCCACCACAACCCACCGCAUUCGACAUCGACGACGACGAUGACGGCGACAUAUACCGUGGAGAACACCCUCGCGCAUCCAGCGAUUUUGCAAGCACCCUCUCAAGCUCAUCCUCCGGUUCAUCCUCCUCGUCUUCAACUCGACAUGGAGGCCCACUCGGAGCUAUAACCGCCAUCGUCGAAGUAGCAGUCUCAAGAUGGGCAAGGCGAGUCCGGCGAGGCUCAUCAGCGGGUUCAACCACCUCUUCUUCCACCUCCGAAACUUCAUCGUCAUCGUCUUCCUCUUCAAAUUCGCGAUCAUCCAUCAACACCCUCGCCCGCACCAAACGCAGACUCAAGGCACGAUCCAGCCAGGCGAGCUUGCAGACGAUUCAAUCAGAGCGGGAGAUCAUUGCGCAUAUAAGCAGGCUCAAGGCUCUCGAAGAGUCCAGGCAGAUCCCGAGGCAGUUUGGGUUGUAUCUCCCACCUACACUUGAAAUACCCCGGCAACCUUCGAAAUCGGGUGUGGUAUGGGAGGGGAAGGAUGAUGAAGGGAAGAAUCGAGUACUCUCCACGACCUCCUUGUCGACGGUUAUCAGCCAUUUGGAAGCCGUGAUGAGGGCAUCCAGAGGCCGCAAACCUCGAGGGAGAAGCAAAGGCCCCCACCAGCUCGUCGGUAGCAGCAGUGGAUCUCGAGGUGCGCCCAAUAUGGACCAGCAGACCUCUCGCCGCCUCAAGCACGACGCCAAAUCGAGGGCAUUGGGCUACUCUCACCCACCCGGUACCAAAAAGAAGAAGGGGAAGCGGAGAGCGGUGUCGUCAUUCGCGCGAGUUGCAUCAGGAUCCUCGAAGGACAAACCCCAGGCUUCUUCAUUAAUGCCAAAGGCUUGGUUCUUGGACGUCGCUUCUCCGACUUGGGAAGAUCUUCGUGCACUUGGAAAGUUGCUUCAUAUCCACCCAUUGACCCUGGAAGAUAUCCUCCAACAAGAUCCCCGCGAAAAGUUAGAGCUAUUCCCAAAACUCGGCUACUACUUCAUCUCGUUCAGAGCCAUCGAAAGUCAAGCGGAACGGACGAGGAUGCAAAAGGAAGCAAGACGCCAUGCCGAAGCAACCGGAAACGACCCAGACGCAGUAGACAUUCCUAUCGGCGAAGCAAAUGUAUACCUGACUGUUUUUAAUGACGGAAUUUGUUGUGUCGGGAUUGACCAACCACCGCUCGGACAGACCAUGUUGCCCGUGUACGAAAUCGUGUGCAUCCCUCCUCCUGAUUGUGUCAACUCCUCUAACCCUCUCCCAGACUGGAUAGCCCACGGGAUUAUCGACUCCAUCGUCGAUUCCUUCUUCCCUUUUUUAACCGAAAUAGAAGCAGAGGUCAUGGCCGUAGACGACCUCGUAUACAAAGAUAGCGACAUGACAGGCGAAGAACUAAUUGAAGACCCCAAACCUCCACCACCCACCGAACCACCUACACCCUCCACACUCAAAACCGAACUUCGGCCAGAACCCGAUCCAUCACCCGCAAUGGACGAGGAAAAGGCUGUAGCAACUGCUCCCUCUGAGAAACGACUCUCUAAAAGCUCGGAGACAUCACAAGAGAGCGCCAAACCGCACUUUAGUGCACCACGGCCUACGCUUAGGAUGUUGCUUCGACGAGGGAGACGGUACAUCGCUGGCCUAUGGCCCCGUCUAACACGCCGGACACAGGAAGUGCGGACUAGGGCUAGUCCCCGUGUCACCACACUACGUCGAAUGGCAAAGACGAGACGUUUGGUGACAUCCUUAGGUCGUUCACUGGCUGGCAAGUCCGAAGUGAUGACUCAGAUUAGGAAGAGGCUGUUACAACAGGGAAUAGAGCCCUCCCUGGGUAACGGUGGAACUAAAAGUGAAGAGCUAGAAGUCGCUAUUUAUAUGGGGGACGUGCAUGACCACAUUCUGACCCUUCUAAACUCGUUAAACCACAUAGAGAGGAUGUUGAGCCAAUCACAUCCGACUUAUUUAUCGCAGCUACGGCUGGGAGUAGCUAAAACUAAGGGAGGAUCCGACAUGGCGUUUCUAUACCUGACGGUGAUCAGUAUAGCGGUUUUGUGCUGUCAAGCUGUUACCGGAAGUCUCUCAAUGAACCUCCACGUCCCAACCAACCGCCAUGAGCCAGGCGCACCCUACAACGUCUUCGGAAUCGCCAUUAGCCUCGUCUGUGUUGUGCUCACCAGUUACCUCGCCCUCGUAUGGUACUGGUGGAAACGAGCAGAACGCAAACGACUUGGAAUGUUGCGCAAGGACACUUAUUAUACCCUGCAGCCUAUUUGAAAUACCCAUUUCGUUCUUUUCACCGAUACGACAUUCCUUUUUAGGCCCCUCUUUUCGGUUUACGAGAUGUUUUUACCUCUUGGAGGAGAUUCAACGUUUUCGCUUCUGACUUGGAGCCCGACUUCUUCUUUCCUUUUCGCUAGGCUCUUUAGACUUGUCAUUCCCGCAUUUUUAUGCAUGCAUACGAAACGUCACGAUACUUUUGUUCGCAACGGACUCGA